AUGUCUUCUACACACUGGAUGGCUUCUUCUCCUCCACCAGAACCCCUUGUGGAGGAAAAGCCAGAUCCAAUGCCUAAACCAGCUCUACAACUUUCAUCUUUGCCGCCCAUAUUCGUAUCAGAGUCGCAUUUGGAUACCUGCGAGCUACAUGAACUGGAAGAUGAUGUCGUCGAGGCUGGAGGUCUACUCUCAUACGAUCUGAAAGAAGCAAACAUCGUCCUAACUAAAGCUGAACGGAAGAGACGGAUUCAGCUUGAUCUGCGAUCGAAAGGAUGUUACACUGAAGAGGUCGAGAUAGUCAAAGACACCAGUACCGCGGGCCUUGCCACAGGAGAGCCUGGUGUUAAGAAGCAGAGAACUUCCCAAGCAGGAAGUACCAGCAAGGGCGAGGCAGAGAGAUUGACUAUUCACGACAUUAGCACCGAAUCGGACACUGAGGACGAGUCAAGGCCUGCAAAGCGUAAGCGCAAGCAGUCUUCCGUCAAGCAAGACCCAAACGAUGCAUACUUUUCCAAUUCGUACAUCAAAGUUUCGAGGCUGCAAUGGUUUGUCGAUUGUCGAAAGCAAGGCAUUGUUCUUCCCAUCGAACCAUACCUCCUCUACCAAGGACGUCGUGUCGAGAAACCUAACGACAUGAGCACGCCUGUCAUAGGCUCUAGCCUCACAGCUCAAUCCAAAACACCACAGUCCAUCUUGGAGCGAGCAAGAGCAGAUGGUGAGACGAACAUAUCUUCGCCGGUCCAGCAACGCAGCGCCCGCAAACUUGGUCAGAUUGGCGGAGGCAGAGUCUCUGCACCAUUCCAACCUACACCACACACGAAGAGAGCUCAUCUACUACACCAAACAACCUCGGAACACGAUCUUGGCCAAUCGAGUGAUCUUCCAGAAAUGCCGCCAUGGGUUCAGAACGAUGUGAAGUACGCCUGUCAACGGUCAACUCCAGCUGAUCCGCCGAAUACAUCCUUCAUCGCCCAACUCGAGAAGAUCAAACUGGCUAGACUACUCACAGGCGAUGAGAUAGGCGUGCGAGCCUAUAGCACCAGCAUCGCUUCGUUGGCAGCCUAUCCCUACAAACUCAGCACCGCACGAGAGAUUAUGCAGUUGCCUGGUUGUGAUGCCAAGAUAGCGAAUCUGUAUGUCGAAUAUGCAAACUACGGCAGGAUCCAGGAGGCAGAGAGUGCUGAGAACGACGAGGCACUGAAAGUCCAGAGGCUGUUCUACAACAUUUGGGGCGUAGGAGCAACCACCGCAAGAGACUUCUACAAGGAGAAAGGAUGGAGGGAUCUCGACGAUGUGGUUGAAUACGGCUGGAGUACAUUGACUCGAGUCCAGCAGAUUGGUGUCAAGUUCUACGACGAGUUUCUCCUUCCUAUUCCUCGUUCAGAGGUGGAAGAUAUCGCCUCGACCAUCCACCAACACGCCGUCAAGGUUCGCGACAAGGGCAUGCAGAGUCUAGUAGUUGGUGGCUACCGCAGAGGCAAAGAGAACUGUGGAGAUGUGGACAUUAUCCUAUCUCACCCAGACGAAGACCAAACGCUAAACAUGAUUACGGAUAUCGUGGCGAGUCUGGAGGAAGAGAGUUGGAUCACACAUACCCUACUCAUCAGCACGACGACUAGUAAUCGUUCGCAGCAGACACUUCCCCUCAACACUUCCCCGGCUCACGGGCAUGGAUUCGACUCACUGGACAAGGCGCUCGUGGUCUGGCAAGAUCCUAGCUUUGAUCCCGACCCCUCGAAUGCGAAGAAGAAAAACACAAACCCGCAUCGCAGAGUCGACAUUAUCAUUGCGCCUUGGAAAACAGUAGGUUGUGCAGUCAUGGGGUGGUCAGGAGGCACGACGUUUCAACGCGAUUUACGUCGCUACGUUCGACAGACGUACAACUACAAGUUUGACUCUUCUGGAGUCAGAGACAGAAGGACUGGAGAUGUGGUUGAUGUGGAUGGAAAAGCGGAUACCAUGGAACAGGCAGAGAAGAACGUGUUUGGUGCUUUGGGUUUGGAGUACAGAGAGCCUUGGGAAAGAUGCACAGGAUGA